ACCAGCCCCACAGACUCCAGCACCGCGACUUCUGCCAGCCCCACAGCAACCACAACAAUCACCAACAACCCCACAACCUCCACUGCAACCACCCGACCCACAACCACCUCCACAACCGCCAGCCCCACAACAACCAGCCCCACAACCACCCCCAUCCCAACCACCAGCCCCACAACUACCGACAUCCCAAACACCACCAGCCCCACAGCCCCCACUAACAGCCCCACAACCACCCCCAUCCCAACCACAACCACCACCAGCCCCACAACCACCCUCAUCCCAACCACCCACCCCACAACCACCUCUACCUCCACCACCGCCAGCCCCACAACCCCAACUACGACCACCUCCAGCCCCACAACCACCCCCACCACCAGCCCCACAACUACAGACAUCCCAACCACCUCCAGCCCCACAACCUCCCCCAUCCCAACCACAACCUCCUCCAGCCCCACAACCCCAGUAACUCACCCCACAACGACCCCCACUCCAACAACCAGCCCCACAACCCCCAUCACCACCACCGCCAGCCCCACAACAACCAGCCCCACAACCACCACCACCAGC